AUGGCCGAUCAAUCUUCUUCAAAACCAUCCGCCGCUGUCCCUGAACAACGUCUCCUCGCAGACGAACCAGAUUCGGACCAUGAUAUCACCCCCAAAGCAACACCGGGUCCUUCCCAGAGCCGUGAACCCCCAGAAGCAUCCUCUCCCCGGAGCCCGGUAGCUCGCCUCAAGGAAUCCCUCAACAAAGCUCGCCCCGCGCUCUUCGGCGACCACCUCACAAACCCCUUCGAGUACGAUGAUGAUGACAAUACCUCGGAGAACGAGCUGUUGCUAGACCCCAACCUGCCCGCCAAUUACGAAGACCGUCACCGGCCUUUGCCCCGGCACCCACCAUCAUCUGUCCGCUCUCACAAACGCCCUUCCCACGAUGACGGGGACGCAGCCGACGCCUUGGAGCUCGACUCACUCAACUCUCAAGACCCACUAGAGACGUCCGACCACGAAGAAGAAGUCGAGAACUCGCCCUACCCCGAGGUCCGCGCUGCUGUCUCACCAUACGAUGACCCAACGCUACCAUGCAACACCAUCCGUGCCUGGACCAUUGGCCUCUCGCUCAUCUUUCUCGGCGCAAGCAUGAACACCCUCUUUUCUCUUCGCUCACCAUCCAUCUCGUUGGGUGCCCUCAUCGCCCAGGUCAUUGCGUGGCCGCUGGGUCACGGCUGGGCAAGAUUUGUCCCGGACUAUCAUGUCAAGAUCCCGUUUGUCAAGCAGAAACUCCGUCUCAACCCCGGCGGGUUCAACAUCAAAGAACACGCCAUCAUUGUCGUCAUGGCGAGUGUUUCUUUUGGUGUUGCCUACGCUACUGAUAUUAUUCUCGCUCAAAAGGUGUUUUACAAGCAGGAUUUUGGGCUGAUGUGGCAGCUCCUCUUGACCAUCUCAACCCAAAGCCUGGGGUAUGGGAUCGCGGGAAUGAUGAGACGGUUUUUGGUCUAUCCAGCCGGCAUGAUCUGGCCUGGGAACUUGGUUAGUGUUACGCUUAUGAAUGCCAUGUACGAGGAAGAGGAAACGAAAGGGGGAGAGGGAGAUGGGACGGUGCAUGGCGGGAAAGGGGUGGGUGUAGGGGGGAGUAUGCCUAGGUAUAGGUGGUUUUCGGUCGUGACGGCGGUGGCAUGCGUGUAUUAUUUUGUGCCAGGGUUUUUGGCGCAGUUUCUGAGCAGCUUUGCGUUUGUUACUUGGACGGCGCCCGAGAAUGCGGUGGUGAAUCAGUUGUUUGGGUACAGUACUGGGCUGAGUCUGUUGCCCAUUACGUUUGACUGGACGCAGAUUAGUGGGUUUGUCGGGAGUCCUUUGAUUCCGCCUUGGCACGCGAUAGCAAACACCAUGAUCGGUGUGCUGACGUUCUUUGUGUUCCUGGCAGCGACGCUGCACUAUAGCGGGGCGUGGUACUCGUGGUACUUGCCAAUGAGCGACUCGAAUACGUAUGACAACACGGGGAAGCAGUAUGAUGUUUCGAGGGUGCUGUCGCCAGACUAUAGGUUGGACGAGGAGGCGUAUAAGAAUUAUUCGCCUCUGUUUUUGAGCACCACGUUUGCGCUGUCGUAUGGGUUGUCGUUUGCGGCGAUCACGAGCUUGAUUGUAUAUACGUAUUUGCACCAUGGGAAGACGAUUUGGAGGCAGUAUAAGAGCAGUACGACGGAGAAGGCGGAUAUUCAUAUGAAGCUGAUGAGGAGGUAUAAGGAGGCGCCGACGUGGUGGUAUAUGAGUCUGUUUGGGCUGGUAUGUUUACCUUUGUGUGCUUUGAGUAUGUGGAAAGUGCUGACUUGCUGGAAAACAGAUGCUUGGACUCGGCUUCUUGACCGUGUUGGCAUGGCCGACGAACAUGACUUGGUGGGCGUUCUUGUUGGCGGUCUUCAUCUCCUUCGUCUUCUCGUUACCAAUCGGUAUCAUCCAGGCUGUGACAAACAACCAGAUUGGCCUGAAUGUUCUGACGGAGUUUGUCUAUGGGUAUAUCCAGCCUGGACGGCCAUUGGCUUCAAAACCUUUGGCUACAUCACCAUGUCCCAAGCCCUCACCUUCGUCUCCGACCUCAAAUUCGGCCACUACAUGAAGAUCCCACCCCGCACCAUGUUCAUGGCCCAAGUCGUAGCCACCACCUUCUCCUGCUUCGUCCAAGUCUUCACCCUCAACUACGCCCUCAACUACAUACCCGGUGUCUGCACCCCCACCCAACCAGAACACUUCAGCUGUCCCGGAGGAAAAGUCUUCUUCUCCGCCUCGGUCAUCUGGGGUCUCAUCGGCCCAGCCAGGAUCUUCUCCCCCGGACAAAUCUACUCCUCCCUCUUCCUCUUCUUCAUCCUCGGCGCCGUCACACCAGUAGUGAUUUAUCUCCUCGCCCGACGACGCCCAAAGUCAUGGUUACGCUUCCUCAUGGCACCACUUAUCUUUGGAGGAGCGGGCUCGAUCCCACCGGCUACGCCAUUGAACUAUCUAAGCUGGGGGAUUGUAGGGUUUGUGUUCCAGUAUUGGAUCAAGAAGAAGCAUUUUGGUUGGUGGUCGAGGUUGAAUUUCUUGACGUCUAGUGGGUUGGACUUGGGGCUGGCGCUGGCAACGCUGGUGAUCUUCUUUGUGUUUACGCUGAAUGAGAUUGAUCCGCCGAAGUGGUGGGGGAACGAGGUUGUCACGGGCACGGUGGAUUAUAAGGGGACGGCGGUGCAGAUGAGGGUUGGGGCGGGAGAGAGUUUUGGGCCUACGACGUGGUAG